AUGCCACUAGCGGUUAGCAACCAUUGGUAUUCAGAUGAACUACAAUUGCAUCUGUUAAAGGAUGGCAGUGUUGUUCGCCUAUUCUCAGCCGCACAAGAUUUUGGAGAGCAGUUUGUGGAACGUCAGAUGACCGAUCUCUUUGUGGUAGAUCUCGAGACACGAGACGUGUCACGUGUCAACAUCAAGGAAAACGACCCUGACACACCGGUUGCCAUGGCAACGCCCGUCUGGGCACCCAACAGUGACACCCUCGCAAUGUUCGAUGCGAGUGCGAAAAUCUCCGUUGCGGUUCGUACCGCUUCCUUUCAUAAGGUUUCAACGCAAAACGAUUUCGGAGAUGAACAGCUCGCUAUAGAUCUGAUGUGCGACAAGGCCAUAUUCGAUGCGCUCAGAGACUGUGGUGCAUGUGCUACG